AUGGAAACACAUCAGUAUGAAAAUCUCUACUACGGAGAUUCUUCUCCAAUCGUCCAUCGAUUAUUACAUCCAAAUGGAUUACUCCCAAUUCUCAAUUUAAUUACAAGAAGCCAAGUUCCACCCUCUCCCUAUAUUAAGAGAUUAGAAAAAUAUGAUCGAUCAUUUCACUUGUUUUUAACUUUGAUAAUUUUGAGUGUUGCAUCUUUGGUAUUUGUUGUUACACUCCGAUGGGAUGUGAUGAAUUCUUAUGGAGUGGAUGAAGUGAAGGGAAUGAGAAAUUGCAUGAUGAAUAACUGUUCAGUAAUGAUUCGGCCAAAUAUUGUUCGAUAUGAAGAUGGAUAUUCAGUUCCAUUGCUAAAUGUUACAAUUCAUCGUGUUUAUUGGCAUCAAAUUUCGAAAUACUCUCAUGAAACAUGGAAUUUCUAUUAUGGAAAUGUGUCAUGUAAUGAUUUUUGUUAUUCAGAGAGUGAGGAAAUGACAUUGAAAUGUUUCAGAUUAUCAUUUCCAAAUAAUGGGACUAGUGGAACAUUGUAUUAUUUAACAGAGAAGAGUCCAUUUCUCAAUAAUUUGACACUUGGUAGAGAUAGAGUUUUCAUGAUUGAUAAUCAGGAAUAUCAAUUCAAGCUUGUUUCUCCAAUGUAUUAUGAUAAUGCAGUAUUUACCUCGAAUAUGGCAUCAAUUAUUACUUCUAUUAUCAUUUUACCAUGCUUAGCAAUUGGAUUUGUCAUUGCUGUGUUUGUAAUGAAGAAGAGAUUCGCACUUUCUAAAGAAGAGGCUGAACUAUUAAGGCAAAAUCAAGAAAUUGUAAACUCUUUCAGAAAAAGAGUAGUUUUACAGGAAUUGUAUGUAGCCAAUGGUGGAAAACAUGAAUACACUCCAGAGCAGGAAUCUCUCUUUAAACAUGUGAACGGACAAGUGGAAAUUAAUGGAAAGGUUGGAGAAAAGGAAAGAGAAUUACUUGCAACUGUAUUACAGUCCGAUGAGGAGAUUGUUUCAUAUGAAUUGUUGAGUUAUAACUUUGUAGCAACAAUUACUGGGACCUCAUAUUCAAAAUGGUUAAUCUUUUUAUUUGUGAUACCUUUUAUAACAUUUGUUCCUGGUUUAGUUAUUGGUCUAGUUGGAGGGAUUGUCUUUCAAACAAUUUCGUUGAUAACACUAUGUCCCAUUGGAAUGUUGAUUUUUAUGCUUGUAGCAUUUAGUUUUAAAUUACCAGCAGUAGCUCACUACAUUCUUACCAACAGGCGGAUAAUUAUCAUGGAAAGAGGAGGACUUUUUCUUGAUGUGUUCAGUAUUUCAUUGGGGGACAUUUCAAAUAUUUGGACAAGAUCAGUAAUUUGGGAGGGUAAUGGAUUGAAUAAGUACAGAGCUGAACUGAUGGUAAAGUUAGGAGAUGGUGAUGAAUUUUACAAUUCAGGUGUAUUAAUUGUGAAUGUCACUAAUCCUCAGUAUUAUAUUGAUUCUAUCCAAGAAUUGAGACAAAAUCUGUUGCAAUAA